AUGAGUGCCAAUGACAUUGCGAAGGAACACUACUCGCCAAGAGCCGGGGCGGAAAGGAUCUUCAAUGGGUUGAUCAAUGACGCCGAGAGGCUCAGUCUCCCUUGCGAUGCACUCGGAGGCAAAGUGAUCUUCACCUCUCGUUCAGAUCAGAUCUACUACCCUACCCCAUUCAAAGUCACAGAGACACUCGCCGCACUGAAGGGUGUCGAGGGGGCGAUGGCCGCCGCCAUCGCAGAUCUGCGCUUCGGAGCGAUGCCAGGUGGUAGGGGGAUCUGCCUCAGCCUCGAGAGAGCGACGCUCUUUGGGUUCCAGGCACUCCUUGCCAAGGUGAACGGCUUUACAAAGUCAAACCCUGAAAUAAAAGAAUAUCUGAAAGACACCGACAUUCAUGCUGCCCAGUCGAACAUUUACCGCCGACAGGCUGCCAACAUGUAUCGAACGAGGAAUGAGAAUGAGUACUUCUUUCUGCAUGGCUCGUUGGAUCCGACAAAGACCUUGAAUAUGAUUGGUCUUCCGAGCCAUAGACCGGACCUAACUGAGUAUGAUAAGAUCGUUGAUCUCAUUGGUACACAGGUGAGAAAGUUCUCAGCGGCUGAGCUCGAAGAUCUCAAUCAAGACGCCGGGCAAGCUGGAGUUACAGUCUACACGCACGAGGAAUUCUGUGCUACACCACAUGGCGAAGCCAACAUCAACGAGCCCUGGUGGACAGUCUCCCGCAUGCCGGGCGAUGUCCCUCCUACCCCUUUCCAGCCAAGCAAGUCCACCCGUGUGCUCGGUGGCAUCAAGAUACUAGAGCUCUGCUGCGUCAUUGCUGGCCCUGUCAUUGGUCGUAUCCUCGCCGAGUAUGGGGCAGAUGUCUUGAAGAUCACCUGCUCUUCCUCCAUCCCCGAUGUGCCGUUCUUCCAAGUGGACGGCAACAUGGGCAAACGCGCCGUUGACCUCGAUCUCAAGAGCCCCACAGGACGGCAGAAGUUCGAACAGCUUUUGGGAGAGGCUGACGUAGUGAUUGAUGGGUUCCGGUCUGGUGUUUUGGAAAGACUGGGCUACGGCCUGUCCUCGUUGAGUGCGAUGGCGACUCGUCGCGGGAGGGGGAUAGUCUACGUAGACGAGAAUUGCUUCGGCCAUAGGGGCCCGUGGGCUGGUCGGCCUGGGUGGCAGCAGAUUGCCGAUUGUUUGACGGGAUUUGCUUGGGAAUUUGGGAAGUUCCUAGGCCGCAACGAGCCUAUCGUGAGCCCCUGGCCGAUUGCCGACUACGGCGCGGGGUGUAUGGGCGCCAUCACGGCAUUGUUAGGGCUGUAUUAUCGCGCCCUAUUAGGUGGAUCAUAUCAUGGGAAGGUGUCGCUCAUGCAGUUCAAUCUACUUCUUUUUGCGGUCGGACAAUAUCCCGAAGAGAUACAGGCAAUUCUACGAGGAAGGAUAUCACAUGUAUUCCGCAGCUUGCGUCAUUGCGAUGGCGUGGAUCGGAGCACAAAGAUCGCACUGGCGGACAUGCAGCAACAGUUCCCUGAGUUGUUCAGGCCGCCGAAACAAUCCACACGGGAUGAAAAUCUGACCGAGGUAUGGUACUCUCAUCGAUUCGGCGCUGAUGUGGAGGUGGUGCGGCCUGUGGCUCGCAUUGAGGGGGUCGAUAAUAGUUUCGUGCGGGCGAGUCGCUGCAACGGGAUGGAUUCCGAUCCGUCGUGGGGGUUUUCGCAACCAGAAGAAGAUUUUCGGAGAGUGUAA